AUGUCGGAUUUAGAUAGCGAAUAUCCGAGAGCGGAAAGUGGUAGACCACUUCUACCGAAAGAAAAUACAGAAUUUGUCAAGCUCUUUAAUGAACAGAAAUUCAGACCUAGAACUGCUAUUUUAAAAGUCUGGUUUGAAUAUCCCAAAAACAUGUUCUUCCAACCCAUACCAGCUAAAGAUAAAAUCACCAUCACGAAUAAAGAAGAAAUAGUGAAAGCCGGUGGACGAAUUAUUAAAAUAUUAAAUGGUAUAGUUUACGAAGAAAAUUUUAAAACUCCACCCUAUAGAGAUUAUAUUUUAAUUUUGAGAGAUCUAAGAAAUAAAUAUAAACGAGAAGGUAAUAUGGUAGGUAGUAAUUGCAUGAAAUUAUUAGGCAAUUCGUUGUAUGGUAAAUCUAUUCAGAAGGAUAUAACUACAUCGAGACAUCUAUGGAGUGAAGCGACUUUAAAAGCCAACUAUGAUUCACACGUCAAAAGCUAUGAAAAAGUAAAUGAUAGUCAAUAUAUAGUUGAGAUAAAUGAAGAAGCAAAAGAAUUUAUUCUUCCUAAGGAUUCUACAAGAUUAACACCUAGUCAUUUGGGAUCAUUCGUUUUAUCCCACAGUAAAAAAAUAAUGAAUAUUCACGUGAAAGAUGGAUUUUAUAAACCGAAAAUAUACUAUACGGAUACCGAGAGUUUAUACAUUUCGUCUAGCAAUUGGGAUAUAUCAAAUGAAGCUGGGUUGGUGUCCUAA